CGUAGCCGUGGCCAGUGGCCACCGGCGUCGCCGAGGAGACAAAUCGCCGCCGGCAUCGUUGUCGUUCCCCGGCGAAUUCUUGGAAGUAGCUACUACUACUACUACUAGUAUAGUAGCUCAUAGGCCUCGACCAACGAAAGGAUCGAUCAGUGCUACUGCAGCAACUAGACACGGUCUGUCGUAGGCGUACCAAGCUCAUAGGCCUCGAUCGAGUUCGACGAGGAAGCUUGCGGCUUGGCUUCACUCAUGGCGGCGGUGGGGGGCCGCCUCUCGUCCGCGGUGCUGCUCCUGCUCAACAUGGCGGGCGCGCUGCUCGCCCCGCGCGGCGCGCUUCCCCCGGGCCCGCCCGCCGCCGGCGCCGGCGCCGAGGACGACGUGGACUUCUUCUUCUUCCCCUUCCUGGUCCUCUACAAGAGCGGCCGCGUGCAGCGCUUCAUGGGCACGGACACCGUGCCGGCGUCCACGGACCCGGCCACGGGCGUCGCCUCCAGGGACGUGGUCGUCGACGCCGCCGCCGGCCUCGCCGCACGCCUCUACCUGCCGAGCCUCGCCGCCGCCAACUCCACGGACGGUGGCGCCCGGCUGCCGCUCCUCGUGUUCUACCACGGCGGCGCGUUCGUCACGGAGUCCGCCUUCUCGCCGACGUACCACCGGUACCUGAACGCGCUGGCGUCCAGGGCCCGGGUGCUCGCCGUGUCCGUCGACUACCGCCUCGCGCCCGAGCGCCGCCUCCCCGCGGCCUACGACGACUCGUGGGCGGCGCUCCGGUGGGCGCUCGCGAGCGCGCGGUCGCCGCCGGGGCCGGGAGCGGGAGCCGCCGACCCCUGGCUGUCGCGGCACGCGGACCCGGCGCGGCUCUUCCUCGCCGGCGACAGCGCCGGCGGCAACAUCGCGCACAACAUGGCGAUGCGCGCGGGGCGGGAGGGCCUGCUGGACGGCGGCGCCGCCGCCAUCCGGGGCCUCGCGCUGCUGGACCCCUAUUUCUGGGGGAGGCGCCCCGUGCCGUCGGAGACGAGGGACGAGGGCACGCGGCGGUGGCGCGAGUGGACGUGGAGCUUCGUGUGCGCGGGGCGAUACGGGAUCGACGACCCGGUGAUCAACCCGGUGGCCAUGCCGCCGGAGGAGUGGCGGCGGCUCGCCUCUGCGCGCGUGCUCGUCACCGUGGCCGGGCUGGACCUGCUGAGCGCGAGGGGCCGCGCGUACGUCCGCGCGCUCCGGGCGAGCGGGUGGCGCGGCGAGGUGGAGCUGUACGAGACGCCCGGCGAGCAGCACGUCUACUUCCUCGACAAACCCGACAGCGAGAAGGCGGCCAAGGAGAUGGAGGUCGUGGCAGACUUCAUCAACAAUGGCGGCCAAGGGAGCUCCGCAGCUUUAAGAAUGGACGCCUGAAGAAGCUGCUUGUUUCCAGAUGACAAGAACCACGCAAGAAACCUAAGACUUGUUAGUUGUUUCCAGGCUAUCCUGUAAAACUUGGUUGAAUAUGUGCAUCUAGGUCUGGCCUUUCCCAAAUCACAGUCAGCUUCUAAAGAACGAUUAAGGAAUGCCUCUGGGCAUAGCAAGUCUCUCAUUGUAAUGCCAUCCAUAGUAAAACGGGCAAAUUCUUCAUAAUA